AAAUUGCACACCAAUCCAGAGACGAAAAAGAUUCACCUCCCUCUCUCUCUCUCUCUCUCUCUCUCUCUCUCUCUCUCUCUGUUUCUUUUUCUCUCUAUCGAUCGAUUCAGAGACGGCCGGCGGGAACUGAUUGGAACCGUACUUUUUGGAAGAUAGUUAGUAUUGGAAGCUGUGCAAAAGAAUUGAAAAAAAGAUGUUUAUGGUUGACGAACCGCUAUAUCCAAUUGCCGUGCUCAUAGAUGAGCUAAAAAAUGAUGAUAUUCAACUUCGAUUGAACUCGAUCCGUAGGCUAUCGACAAUUGCUCGUGCUCUUGGAGAGGAGCGAACACGAAAGGAAUUAAUCCCGUUUCUGAGUGAAAACAAUGAUGAUGAUGAUGAGGUGCUUCUCGCAAUGGCAGAAGAGUUGGGGGUGUUUAUUCCAUAUGUUGGAGGAGUUGAGCAUGCCCAUGUUCUGCUCCCGCCUUUGGAGACCCUUUGCACUGUUGAGGAAACCUGUGUCAGGGACAAAGCUGUGGAGUCACUAUGCAGGAUUGGAUCUCAAAUGAGGGAGAGUGACUUGGUUGACUGGUUUAUUCCUCUAGUUAAGAGACUGGCAGCUGGUGAAUGGUUUACAGCUAGAGUUUCUGCUUGUGGUUUGUUCCAUAUUGCAUAUCCAAGUGCCCCAGAUAUGUUAAAGACAGAGUUGCGGUCCAUAUACACCCAAUUGUGUCAAGAUGACAUGCCAAUGGUUCGGAGGUCUGCUGCUUCAAAUCUGGGGAGAUUUGCUGCAACAGUCGAACCUGCUCAUUUGAAGACUGAUAUUAUGUCAAUAUUUGAUGAGCUUACACAAGAUGAUCAAGAUUCUGUUAGAUUACUGGCUGUUGAGGGUUGUGCUGCUCUUGGAAAAUUGUUGGAGCCCCAAGAUUGUGUUGCACACAUUCUUCCUGUUAUUGUAAAUUUUUCUCAGGACAAGUCUUGGCGUGUGCGAUAUAUGGUUGCAAAUCAAUUGUAUGAACUUUGUGAAGCUGUGGGACCGGAGCCUACCAGAACGGACUUGGUCCCUGCAUAUGUGCGGUUACUUCGAGACAAUGAGGCUGAAGUAAGAAUAGCAGCAGCAGGGAAAGUGACUAAGUUUUGCAGGAUUCUAAAUCCUGAACUUGCUAUCCAACACAUUCUUCCCUGUGUGAAGGAAUUAUCAUCAGAUUCUUCCCAGCAUGUCCGUUCUGCUUUGGCUUCAGUUAUAAUGGGGAUGGCUCCAGUCUUAGGAAAGGAAGCAACAAUUGAGCAGCUUCUUCCAAUUUUUCUUUCCCUGUUGAAGGAUGAAUUUCCUGAUGUACGUCUCAACAUCAUUAGCAAGCUUGAUCAAGUAAAUCAGGUUAUCGGAAUUGAUUUGCUGUCACAAUCUUUAUUGCCAGCUAUUGUCGAGCUUGCUGAGGAUAGGCAUUGGAGAGUUCGUCUUGCAAUCAUAGAGUAUAUACCUCUAUUGGCAAGUCAGUUAGGUGUUGGAUUUUUUGAUGAUAAACUAGGUGCUCUCUGCAUGCAAUGGUUACAGGAUAAGGUAUACUCGAUUCGUGAUGCUGCAGCUAAUAAUUUGAAGCGACUUGCUGAAGAAUUCGGUCCAGAAUGGGCAAUGCAUCACAUAAUUCCACAGGUUUUGGAGAUGACCACCAAUCCACACUAUUUGUAUAGGAUGACCAUUCUGCGUGCCAUUUCUCUCCUUGCACCUGUAAUGGGCUUAGAAAUCACAUGUUGUAAACUCUUACCAGUGGUUAUCAGUGCAUCCAAAGACAGGGUUCCUAAUAUAAAGUUUAAUGUGGCGAAAGUGCUGCAGUCCCUCGUUCCCAUAGUUGAUCAGUCUGUGGUGGAGAAGACAAUUCGUCCAUGUUUGGUCGAGCUAAGUGAGGACCCAGAUGUUGAUGUCCGUUUUUUUGCCAAUCAAGCAUUUCAGGCAAUUGAUCACAUGAUGAUGUCUAGCUAAUUCAAAGCUGAUCGUGCACUUUCCAUUGGAAUUUUUUUUUUGGAAGUUAGGUAUGCCACUGUUUUUGCUUAGUAGAUGAGUUGUAUGCUAUUUCCUGAUGGAUUUGAGUGGGACAGUAGUUUUAUCUUUGUGGCUAACGUGUAGGGCCAUUUUUGGCUGUAGUCUUUGUAAACUAAAUGAAAUAUUUUUUGUGAAUUGUUUACGGUUUAUGUACAUUUUUUUAUCUGUCCUGGUAAGCAAGAGCAUUUUUUAGUAUGUUCCUUA